AGCAUGAUUAUUUUAUUUUAUUAAGUCUUUGCUUUGCACUGAACGCUCUCAGCCAGAAUCCAGCCCAAACGCUGGCUCCUCCUUCUGGUGCCCCCCUCGCCUUCCAUUCUCAAAAUAACACCCCCAGCGUUAUCCUGAAUCCACGGUGCAACUUCUGCUACACAAAAAUUAGUGCACAUCAGUAUUGAAUUCCUAAAGGUCAGUGUGAAGAAAUACCUAAAUGCAUCAGCCCGGUGACAUGAGAUGGUGACCGAUGAUUUCUAUCCCCUCUAGUGGCCUAGCGAUGAUCAACACAUAGCAGAGGGACACAGAAGAGCUCCAACACUGCAGCAGAAAUGUCUCCCAAAGUGCCCAGCGGCCAAGGCAGGGGGGAUUAUUCUGCAGUCCAGGUAGCUGUUCGAGUGCGUCCCCUGCUGCCUAAAGAGCUUCUUCACUGUCAUGAGAGCUGCAUCACUGUGGACCCUGAACUGCGUCGGGUUACCUUGGGCCAUGACCGACACUUCCUUUGCGACUUCCUAUUUGAAGAAAUCUGCUGUCAGGAGGAGGUUUAUUCUGUGUCUGUCCAGCCACUCAUAGAUGCCUUCUUCCAAGGUUUCAAUGCAACAGUCUUUGCCUAUGGGCAGACAGGCUCAGGCAAGACAUACACCAUUGGAGAAGCUAAUAUUUGCUCCUUCAGAGAUGAGGAGCAGGGCAUCAUCCCCAGGGCUGUUGCAGACAUCUUCAAGUUGUUAGAUGAAAAUGAUCUCACAGACUUCUCUGUCCGAGUCUCCUAUCUGGAGGUCUACAAGGAGGAGUUCAAGGACUUACUGGAGAUGGAGACUGCCAGCAAGGACAUCCACAUCCGGGAGGAUAAAGGCAACAUUGUUUUGUGUGGUGUAAAGGAGUGUGAAGUGGAGGGUCUUGAUGAGGUGCUGAGUUUACUAGAGUCAGGAAACACAGCCAGACACACUGGUGCAACCCAGAUGAAUCCAAACUCCAGUCGGUCUCACACCAUUUUCACCGUGUACAUGGACCAGCGACGGGGAAGCUCACGCCUUUAUGGGACUGCUACAAGUGCUGGACCACAAAUGUUAUCUUCCAAGUUCCACUUUGUUGACCUGGCAGGUUCAGAGCGCAUCUUAAGGACGGGUAACAGUGGUGAGAGACUAAAGGAGAGCAUUCAGAUUAACAGCGGUCUUCUGGCCCUGGGUAAUGUUAUUGGGGCACUAGGGGAUCCCAAGAGGAAAGGUUCUCACAUACCAUACAGAGAUUCUAAAAUCACAAGGAUCCUAAAAGACUCUUUGGGAGGAAAUUCAAAAACACUGAUGAUUGCCUGCAUCAGCCCAUCUUCCUCAGACUUUGAUGAGAGUCUGAAUACGCUAAAUUAUGCCAUGAGAGCCAGAAACAUUCAGAACCAGGCUACAGUCAACUGCAAGCGUGAGCCAGAUCGUGUAGAAGGGCUUGAGCAACAAAUCAAAGCCCUUCGCAAAGCCCUUGAAAUGCGCCAGCGUUCAGAGACCCGCAUCAUUGCUCACGCUGAACCAAACAGGAGGCCUCGACUUGGAGAAGGAGAGAUCAGCAGACUGCAGGCGCAGAGUGCUCACUACAGGACCUGCACAGACACUGCUUACAGGUUACUGCGGGAGUUGCAGAGUGAAAGGUCUCUGACUGCAGAACAGAGUCUGAGAGUGAAAGAGUGGCUGUGCUCGGUGGAGGAGGAACGGAGCGGGCUGACCACUGCUUCAGGACCUGACAGCGGUAUCGAGAACAGCUGUACCGAGGACAGCGUUGCACUGAGGAGAGGAAGGCCUUCUGUUAGAAAUCAGGAUCCAGAGGCUGCAGAAGAGAGGUGGAGCCAUGAGCACGAAGCUGAGAAAGAUGAUAGUGUUGUCCACCUUCAAGCACAGAUCCAGAGGUUGGAGAGAGAGAACACAGACUUUUUAGCAGCUCUGGAGGAUGCUAUGGAGCAAUACAAGCAACAGAGCGACAAACUGCAGGAGCAACAGGACCAGAUUGCAGAGCUGCAGUGUCAGCUGUCUACUCCAGGGCUGAUGGGUAUGGGCCUUAACUUGAGAUUGCGGCCACAUACUGCUCCCAUGGGCUCCAUGCAACACAGUCAGAAUGGGGGCACAUACAUACAGGCAAGUCCAGUGGGCUGCCUUGGUAAUGGGCCUUGUGGUGAUCAGGAUGGUAACCUCUAUGAGGAGCAGGAGAUCCCAGGAGAAGCAGAAAUGCCAGGCACAGAAGAAGAGAACAGUCAUUCCAACCUCAGCCAGGAGAAACACAAGCAGGUGAACCUGACCUGGACCAAAAGGGAUGUGCUGUCAGGAGGACUAACAGCUGGUGGUAAAGUGCCAACAUCUCAGCUGCCUGAGCCAGACCAGCACCCCUGUUUAGCCAGAAAAGCAUCCAACUCCAGUUCUGGGGAGACAUCACUACAGGAAAGUUUCAAAAAUUUUGAAGGCAUUUCAGAGAGGGGACUUCUUCAGGCGCAGCAGAAGAUCAGGGAGCUGUCUGUCACCAUACGCAUGAAGGAAGAACUCAUCAAGGAGCUGGUCAAAACAGGGAAGGAUGCUCAGGCCCUGAACAGGCAAUACAGCCAUAAGAUCACAGCUCUGGAGAGUGAAGCUGUUCAGGCUCGACAGGAGCUGCAGGAAGCCCAACGGCAGCUGCAGGAUCUAGAGAGGCAAGAGAGAGAGAUAAGCGCAACAGACAGGACCAGAGCACAGGAAUGUCGCAGGAAGAUAGCUGCUGCUCAGAGCAAAGUUCAGGUUCUAAGUCAGCGUCAGAGGGACACUGCCCAUCUAGCCAACCUGCCUGCACAGAGUGAACGUCGUGUGCUAGAGCUAGAGCGCAGCGUCCAGUCUAUGAGGCAGCAGCAGGAGCAGCUGCAAAGGCGGCUGCGUCAGGAAAGUCAGCAGAAACGACGUCUGGAGACUGAGAUGCAACGUAGAACUCACAGAGUCAAGGAACUCGAGAUAAAGAAUGAACAGCAGCAGAAGAUCCUGAGGAUAAAGACAGAGGAGAUCGCUGCCUUCCAGAAGCAGAGACGCAGUGGCAGUAACGGCUCUGUUGCCUCGUUAGAAGAGCAACAGAAGAUUGAAGAACAAAAACGCUGGCUGGAUGAGGAAAUGGAGCGGGUACUGGAACAGAGGAGAGGACUGGAAGAUCUGGAAGGGGAGCUGACUAAACGAGAGGAGAUCCUAGCCAAGAAAGAAGCCCUGUUGCAGGAACGCAGUGGACUGGAGACCAAGAGGCUCCGCUCAAGUCAGGCCCUGAGUAAAGACCUGGUGAUGCUCACUGGGCGUAUCGAGUCACUGGAGCAAGAACUCAGUGAGAGGAACGGUCUCCUUCGCAGCGGUAGUGCUCAAGACUCCCAGCAGAUCCGCCAAGAGAUCUCCAACCUGCGUCAGGAGAAAGAUUCACUACUUAAACAACGAGCUGAGCUGGAUGAAAAGCUGCGGCAGGGUAACCUGCUCUCACCUGAGGAGGAGCGGACACUUUUCCAGUUGGACGAGGCGAUCGAAGCUCUGGAUGCAGCUAUCGAGUACAAGAAUGAGGCCAUCACUCAAAGACAGAGACAGCUGAGGGCUUCUGCCAGCAUGCUCUCCCAGUGGGAGAUGAACCUCAUGGCCAAACUCAGUUACCUGUCUGCUUCUGAGACCAGAGCUCUGCUGUGCAAGUACUUUGACAAGGUGGUGUCUCUGCGAGAGGAGGAGCGUAAGCUACAGCUUGCUCUGGCUGAGCUGGAAAUGCAACUAGAUGAGCAGCAAAGGCUGGUGCAGUGGUUGGAGAAUGCUCUCGAUCGCACACAACUCGACAUAGAUCGCAGACUCACACAACAGCAGAAGGAACAUGAAAGGAGCGUACAGCUCUUACUGCAGCAGUGUCGAGAGCAAAUGGAUGAGGGCUUGGCAGGAAGGCAGCGACAGUAUGAGGGAUGGAUCCAUAACCUCAGCAAGGAGCUUAACCACUACAAGGCAGCAAAUCUAGAACUAAGCAACAGGCUGAGGGAACUCUGUGGUUCAGGCAGCCAGACAAAGGAGUAUGCUAAAGUCGCAGUGUCUGACGGUAAACCAGCAGGUGUUGGCAGCACAGAGAAGCUGGCCCGCUGUCCUGAGGACAACCCAGGAGGCAAGGGAGCAGGGCUGCCUGACAAACCUCCUAGGUCCAAGGACGAAAUGCGUGAGCUAGUAAAUACUCCCCUCCCAUCCACAUGGAGGCGCUCUUCUCUCCCCACAGAGGAACCUGCUGUCAUGGAGGAACUGUGGCUUCGAACAGCUGGGGAUGCUCCUGUUAACCGUGUAGUUCAAACUGGUGUGGGGUCCUGGGGGGGACAGACCUCCCUGCCUGUGGUUAAAUCUCGCCGAGAGUCACGUCGCUCCAGUCUCAACAUUGGACCACUGAUUUCAAACAAUGCAUUAAUUGAUGUACGGAAGAAUCCUGUCUGAAAAGGGAAACAAAAGUAUUCUUACUUUAGACCAUUCACAUACAUUUUGCUCUGUGGUUUCUGUAAGAUUUUAUUUUGUAAUAAACAUGGACCACCACUGACUUUUAUACAAAGCACUUUUGGUAAAGUUCAUUUUCAUUUCUUAAAGUAAUUGGUGGGUAUAUGGCCUUACCAGCCAGCCAAUCAUUUGUAUCAUUACAAAAGGAGGCUCUCUAAUCAAGUGUAGCUGAGGGCAGAGACACACCAAGCUGAUGGUCAGCCACCAUCGGGCCAUCGGUGGGAAUCUGCCAGGGCUCAUUCUCCCAGUGUGUCCUGAACUGUUGGAACUUGGUGGUGUUUUUUUUUGGCCAAUUUGACACGUUGGUUGGGCCUUUCUAGUAAGAGAGAGACAACUCUGAUUGGCUGUUUAGUAAAUCAAUGCACAAGAAUGGUUCGAAGAGGCACCUCAGCCUGUCACUGGAGUAUCCAUUAUUCACCCAUUUAGUGUGACAAAGGGCAGCAGCUACUGUUUUGAACAAGAGCUGUUCUGUUUAUAGCAUUCUAGCCCAGUCUGAAUGGUGCAUACAGACACCGCCAACUGCUGGUAGGGGGAGUUAUUUCUGUCACGCAGAUGCAGAACAGACAUGCUACUCGGCUGUCAUCUGUGCAGGCUGUUCAGGUGUCACUUUUUCAGUCUGACUGGCCCAGACUAAGCCUAUGUGAAGCAACGCAGAGGUCGGCCUUUGUCACUGCUAGUUCUUUCACAUCAGCUUGGUGUGUCUAUGUCCCAAGUCUUUUGACCUUCUAUAGUAUUGUAUAAUAAAUUGUUUUG